AGUCCGUGGAGGGAGGGUGUCGUCAUCGUGGUCUCCUCCUCCUCCUCCUUCCAGUUGUCUCAGUCUCUCUGUGUCUCGUCUCGUUUGUGUUGUGAUCCUGUUUUUCUUUGUUUUGUUUGAAGGCUCCGCACGUGAGAUUUUGAAGAGAUAGAGAGUGAAAAGGAAAGGACAGAGUCUGUACAAAUCAAGGAAGAAGAAGAAGAAGAAAAAAAAAAAGAAGAAAAAGAAGAAGAAGAAGAAGAAGAAGUGGAGGAGGAAGGAGACAUUAACGAAGAAUAAACGAAAAAAUAAUCGAACGAACGAAGAGAGGAAAAACAAAGGAGAGACGAGGAAAAGUAAAACAGGAGGGAAACGUCGACAAACAAAUAAAGAGACUUCGGAAGAGCGAAGAAAGAUAAAGAAAGAAGCAGAAAACGAAGAAGAUAAGAAAAAAAUCACCCUCGUCCCUUUUCCUUCCUCUUUUCUUCUCCUCCUCCUGUUUCUCCUCCUCUUCCUUCUCCUCGUCUUCUUCUCCUCUCUCCGUCGUUUCUCUUCCCUUUCCUUCCUCUCCUCUUCACUCUUCUCUUUUUCCAUCUUUUAUUCCUACCAUAUCGUCUAGUCAUUCUUGUUCCUCUUCCUUCUUCGUCUCCUCCUCUCCUCUCCUUCAUUUCUCUUCUGUUCCCUUCUCUUCUCUCUCCUCUUCUCUGUUCUCCAAUAUCAUCUCGUUUAAUCACCCUUGUUCUUCCUCUUCCUUCUUCUUCGUCGUCUUUGUCUUCUUCUUCUUCUCCUCCUGCACGCAAUGGACCCACACAUGACAGAGGAGGAUCGGAACAUCUACGAGCUCGGGCCUCACCGCCGCCUCAAACAGGAGCUCGCGCCGCCGGCCAUCAUCAAAAACGUCAAGAAGAAGAAACUCGUCAACUUCAAGGUCUCUCUUCGCCGCCGGUCCACCAAAGCCGAGGCGCAGAGGCGAGGCAGCGGCGGCAGCAUCACCAUUCCUCAAAGACCCGAAGGCAGAAAAAGCUCAGUUACGUUCGUCGAGGAGGAUGGAGGACCUUUCCCCCCGCUGGAUGAUUCCCUCGAGGACGUUAGGAAUCCCCCACAAGAAAGAAUGAAUCCCAGAAGUGUCCCGUUGGAGCGUAGGGACACGAAGACUUUACAGGAGCGACGUGAGGCCUUCAGGAGCACCGGGGAACAGAGAAUGGCCGCCCGAAGAAGCCUAGACAAACGAAGCGGUACAGUGUCUCUUAACUUUAGCCUCUCCAGGGACCAACAGGGCUUCAGGAGCAUUGAUUUGAGGGAUGACCAUCACGUGACCCUUCAAAGAGACGAUGAGCUAACCAGAGCCAUGCAACACGGGCUCUCCAUCGACUCCCACAGAAGAACGACGCCGGUGGACCUCAGAGACUCACCUCCCAGAACGAGAGCACCACCGCCUUCAAGAACGUCCCCACCACCGCAUGGAACAUCACCACCGCCACCUGCAUCGCCGCCACCACCACCUGCAUCACCGCCAAACAGACCCCAAUUAGUGAAGCAGGUAUCCAUCAGCAAGUCACAUCAGUCCAUCCCUCCUUCGCCUGUAAAACCACACUCACGACCGCCUCCACCGCAGCGACUCAACUCCCAAGACAUGUUCCUCCCAGUUCACCGGCGGAAGAGCGAUUUCUCGAGGUCGUCCAGCCUGUCGUCGUCGGAGAACUGGAACAAGAUCAAGACUGUGGCCACGCCCGGCUCCUCGCGAAUGAACAGCCUGGUGGAAUUGCUGAUCACGCGGAGGAAGGCGUCGCUGGCACCUUCGAUCUGGACCCCGUCUGUUCCUCGCACGCCGCCCGGACCACGACCCGCCAAUUUCCAAGACCAGGAGGAGCGGGGUAGGGGCGCCUUCUCCAUCUCCUUCAUCCUCCACAAGGCGCCCACCAAACAACGGCCUCACCUUCGAUUCCGCCGGCUGCCCACCCUCGCCCUGCCGGAGAGAGAGGUGAAGAGCAAGCAGUAUCUCACCUGGCUCGGGAAACUCGUGGCCAACCCGCUCCUUGCAACGGGUGACCUCCUCAAGGGCCUGGAAAUCGGAGUCCAGUUCCCCGUGAUACACCUGCGUGCGAUCCCCGAGGGCGGCGUACCCACAGGGGACUACCGGCGUCUGGAGGCGAGUCUCGGCCCCGACUGCAUUCUCCAUCAGGGUGAAUACGAGGAGGUGCUGGCGUGGGUCCCGGAGCUCCUCGUCACCUGCCCUAGUGACCCCUCGCAGUGGGCCAGGUGCUACAUCGUGCUGGGCUUCAUGACGCUGGACGGGGACCUAAAUCCGAAAAUGGAGAAGCUCUGGAAGGAGUGGACGGGCGCGCUGUUCAUCUACUGCAACAUAGACGACGACCUGGGCCUCAAGAAACUCUCAUUCUUCCGGCGACGCUCGAGGCACCACGCCAAACUCUUCUCGUACAUGGUAAUCGUCGAACUGGACACGGUGACGCGCAAGAACUCCCUCGACCUCCUGGACUUCGUGUACCGCAUGAGACUUAGAAGUAUGAGCGGGUACAUCUCCGUCUACCAAGGCCACAACCCCGAAGAAUGCAUGGACGGAGGCUCAACUACUUCUUCUACUGCUACUUCUCCUGCUAUUACGACGACGGCUGCAGCGGGGAUGGUGGCAGCCGCGUCGAUAUACUCCUCAUGUGCCUCUCCUUCCGUCUCCUCGUCCGCCUCACCUCCGUCCUCCUCCGCCGCCGCCUCCUCCUCCUCCUCGGCCUCGUCUUCGUCGGCUCACAGCGAGAAAAAGAGUUUCUCCACCUCACCCUCGAUUCCUGAGUACUAUCCCGAUGUUCCUCCGCCCUCGAGUAAUCUGGGAAGGAUGAGUGUAUGAGGAGGUGUCCGUGGCCGUCCGUAAGAAGUUUUUGAAUGGGGGGGGGGGGGGGGGGGCGAGAGGUCAAAGCCAAUACGUUAUAAUUAUAGGUCCAUUACCUAUAUACAUUACAUUUCAUAUUUACAUUGGUGAACCACAAGGCAGUAGCACUCACAGUUACCAAUACCUGCAGCACCAAACGUCCUCCUGAGGUUCUGAAAAUAAUAAUUCUGUUUUAACCUGCAAACGAUCGAGUGUUAAUGGGAAUAUAACAGAUUUCCAAGGGGUGACAACACUAUUUUUUACAACAAAGGAAGAAGCUCAAGGGCAAAGAAAAUAAUAAUGAGAUAUAAAAAAAAGUCCGCUAAUCACUGCCCCUAUGAAAAAGAGUUUAGAAGAGUGGUCAAAAGAGAGGUCACUUGCCCCUCCUUACCCCCCCCCCUCCCUUCUGGACGCCCAUGGAGUUGUGUGAUAGGGAGAGUGGUGGUGAAAUUAAGGUGUGGUUGGUUGGUGAUUAUGGUGAUUGAUGAGGUGUAGUGUGGUUGGUUGGUUAGUGGUGGUGGUGGAGUAUUGGUAGUGGUGGUAGUGGUGGUGGUGGUAAUGUAGUGCUGUAGUGUGGUGUGACAGGUGGUUAGUGGUGGUGGUGGUGGUGAUGGAGUUGUGGGAGUGGUGUUAGUGGUAGUGGUGGUGGUGUGGUAUGACAGGUGGUUAGUGGUGGUGGUGGUGGUGAUGGAGUUGUGGGAGUGGUGUUAGUGGUAGUGGUGGUGGUGUGGUGUGACAGGUGGUUAGUGGUGGUGGUGGUGGUGAUAGAGUUGUGGGAGUGGUGUUAGUGGUAGUGGUGGUGGUGGUAGUGGUGUGGUUAUUAUCGCAUGGUGUGGGUUAGUGUGGUUAAAGUAGUGUGGUGAAUUAGCGGUGUUGUGUGUGGUGAUAAGAGAUUGUUACGAACGUGUUUUUCUUGUGUUUAAUGGAUGAUAGAUUGUUUGUUCGUUUUUUUUUUUUUUUUUAUGUCGAUAGAUAAUUAAUUAUUUCAUUCUUUUUUUCUGUAUAUAUUAAUGAUGUUAUUGUCACUCCUCUCCCCUCUCUCUCUCUCUCUCUCUCUCUCUCUCUCUCUCUCUCUCUCUCUCUCUCUCUCUCUCUCUCUCUCUCUCUCUCUCUUUCUCCUUUACCUGUCCGUUCCCUUGUUCCAUCAUUACCUCCUCCCCUCAUCUUCCUUGCCCCUCCACUCCUAGAUUAUAACAGAGCUGUGUAUCUCGUCUGUUUUCAAGUAUUCUGUACUAUAAUGUCUAUGUUUUGUUUUAUUCUCCAACUUGGUCUGGACGAAGGAAGACAAGUGCCUGGUCUCGAUCAUUAUUUUCAAGAUCUCUCUAUACUGCAAUAUGUCUUUGUGUCUUCAUUGUCUUUAUCUUUAAUUUGUGUUUGUCUAUAUUCUGUGUCUGUCUUUAUUCUCUAACUUAAUUUCGAUAGAGGAAGCAAAACAAUAAGUGUCUAAUCCCUGUUCUCACGUUGACGCCUCAAGAAAUGUGUUAUAGAUCUUAAUAUUUCAAUUCUUCCUUCCCAAUUUUGGUUUAUAUUCGCUAACUUUAUCUCUACAAAGUAAACACAUAAGUGCCUGAUCCUUGUAUUAUAUUAUGUGAAUCUUUUAAUGUUUCAACUCUCGCUUCGCUUUUGUUUCGUGUGUUUUCUCGAGUCUGUUGUUGCUAUGUGUCUCGUUUCAUUAUGCAUUGUCUUCGUUUUUCGUCUUAUUAGUGGAAGUAAAAUAUGUCAUCCUCCUUUAAAAUGUUCACAGUAUCAUCUACCUCUUCUUAUCUUGCCUUCCUGCUGGUUCGUUCACAUCUCGAAGCGGAAUAAAAAGGAGAAUAUUGAAACCUCUGAUGCUAUCAUUAUCUUCAUAUCAUUUCCUUAUGAAUCAUCUACCUCUUCUUAUCUUACCUUCCUGCUGGGUUUAGGUGCAUUACAAGGGGACGUAAAGGAGAAUAAAGAAGAAUAAAUUAAAAAUAUUGUAACCUCUGGCAUCUCCCUUCUUCUUCCUGGCCCUCUAGCGGCGAAAACACGAGAGCCGAGAGGUCAGUGCUGUGCCGGACGCCAUGGGACAUAUACGUGUGUUGGCGUAGCUCCUAUAUAUUCGCCCUUCGCUCCCUUCCUUGCCCCUGCCGCCCUUCAGUAGCUUGCCCCGCCCUCUUUCCUACCUCCCUGCCCUGCCAAGAUGAGCCACAGGGACGCGACUUGGACUGUACAUGUUAAAUUGAAAGGAUUGGCAACACUGGAUGCCAUGUAGAAAGGUAUUAUUCACAACACCUGGGAGAAGAAAGAGAAGGAAAGGAAGCAGAGGAGGGGACAAAGGAAGAGAAGGAAACAAGUGGAAGAAAGUAAAGUAAAGGAGGAAACAGGUAGAUGGUAAAAUAAAAAGUAAGAAAGGGUACACAGGUAGAUGAUGGGAGGUGAGUGUAGAAAGGAAGGAAUAAAGAAAAGACAAGUGUGUGGUUUUUUUGUUUGUUUUUAGAUACUGCAUCUAGCACCAGAAGGGAUGGAGAAUGAAUAGGUAGACAAGUGAAUAGAAGGCAGACAGACUAAAGAAGAUAGGUAGGGAUGGAAAUUAUGGAUAGGCAGACAAAUAAAUAUAAGGUAGACAGACUAAAGAUGAUUUGUAGGGAUGGAAAGAGACUGCACACACACACACACAAAGGUCUUCUGUGCUGAUACGGACUUGGUAUUUCAGAUGUUGAUACUGCAGAUGAAAAUGUAGAUGCUGCAGAUGAAAAUGUAGAUGCUGCAGAUGAAGAUGUGGGAGAUGUGGAUGCUGCAGAUGAAGAUGUGGAUGCGAGUGACCUUCAAGAACUAUUAUAAGGAUGGUCAGCCUCUUCUACACUGACUAUCAUCACCACCACCACCUCCCUCGUGAGUUGUGUCCACCAGGCAUGCCAGUUUCCCUUCUGCCGAGUCCUGUCCAUUGAGUGAGUGAGGGAAUCUAAGGCUCAAGGAAACAAGUGCAGAGUCGUAUGGAGAGUCAAGUGCGUGGUUUCUUAAUUGGACUUAAUGAUCUUAUACAUUGGCACCUGUAUCAUUAUUAGUCAUCAGGAUUAAAGUGUGAGAAGGAAAGGAGAGAGGAGAGGGAGGAAGGUUAAGAGUGAGGUUGAGAAACUAGGAAAGGAGAAAGGUAAAGGGUUGAGAGAUAGAAGAGAAGGAAAAGGGGGAAGGGAGUAAAAGACGAAGAGGAAAUACCAUGAAGGGGGAAAUAAGAGAAUAGGAUGGUGUUAGGAACGAUUAAAGGAAGGAUAUAGAGUUCUGAGGGGCUCCUAAAAAUCAUUCACAGCACACAGGGUUAGCUAUACUAAAGGUGUAGUGCUGACUUGCCUGAUGGGCGAGCCUCCCAUAACCCACUUAGCCAGGGGCGUACCUCUUUGGCCAACUGGUAAAGGAGUGGCUCUCCCGUUACGCUGGUCGCGGGUUCGAUCCUGGCGCCGGCAAACCUUUCCUUGUCUGGAUUAAUUUCUCGUGUGUUUCGUUACACGCAGAGGUCGUGUGUGAGUGUAGUAAAGUUAAAAAUUCAGGCAUUUCAAAGGGAGAUAUAUAGAGCAUUUUGGGUGGCUCAUAGUUUUGUAUGGCAGAAAUAUAACAACACUUCUAGACUGUGGUAGAAUCCAUAUAUAGACGACAGUUAAAACAUCCAUUAUGCGGCGUAACUAUAUUUAUGCAACGGCCCUAAGGUCAGCAGUGACUGUAUACAGACAAUUCAUUUUGGGGGGAGCUACUCUUCAAAUACUGCUGCCGUCUAAGGGUUAAGGGUCAGAAGUCGGAUAAUAUGGAUAAUUCUCUCU